AUGUAUAGCCUCACCAAGUCACAAGGGCUCUCACCGAGUCUUGCUGUGUUUUCGCCCCGACUCAGCGACUUGGCCACUUCACCGUUGGACCCCCUCCUCACCUCGGUUCGAUUCCAACCCCAGCUCACUUUUGACACCACCAACACUUGGCAAGCUCACCGAAAAACUCACCACCUACCUUAUUCAUACUCAUUGUCCAUCCUCUACCCCCACACCCAGCAAACCAGCUCGGUAAUCAAUGCCCUCCAGAAGACGAACUGGAUUUGCGCUCCGCCGGGCACCAACAUCUGUACGCAAUCGACGAGCCCCGAUCCUCAUGUAUCACCCCCGGCCGAGCCAUACCAUGACGACUUCCAUCGUCGCGAGGAACCCAAUGAGAACGACACCCGCCUGCCUCCAGAGAUCAUCACCGAGUAUGCCAUUCAAAAGGAAAAACUCUCAGCUGCAUGGAAAUCCGUGGAAAAAUCGAUGACUGCCGCUUAUUAUACCUGCCAGUACCGAACUCAAAACUGGACUAGCUCAUUGGAAUAUCUCGACCCCCUUGACAAAUAUCAAUCCCCUGCACAGAAAAUUGAGUUCUGCUUGUGCAUCCCCGAUCCAGUACGCCUACUCUAUCAUGGGUACUUUGCGGCCUCACCAACCAAACCACAAACCGCCUUUGCGAUUCCUCUUGUUCAGUUGUACCAAUCCCUGUGGUAUGAGACGGCGGUGCCGUACACGUCCUUUAUCAAAGGCCUUGUAUGCCAUCAAGAAACCCGAGCCAGAAAGCCCUUGUUAGCCCGCAGUCGAUUGGGAAAUCCUCGCGAGCUGCGCACUCCUUUCUCCCAAGCUAUUGACAUCUACAGCCGCAUCCAAAUUCUUCAAAAGGAUCUCCUGAAUGUUGCGCUUCAAAUGCAAGAGAAAGACUUUUGGGCAUCCAAGUGCCCCUCUUGCUUUGGCCCCGAAAAACCAGACGAAGUCAGCCAAGCUGAUGAUGCCUAUGCCAUCAUAGCUAUGGAUGGUAAUUUUCAGCAUAGGCAUCACCAUUUUGCAAGCAAUGAUGUUCCUACCGAAAGCGACUAUCCAUCGAUAUUUAUUCCACCUUCACAAAUCAACAACCACGAGGUUCAACUUGAGUCCACUGAAGGAGAUUCUGCAGGCCUUAGGUCCACUUGCUCUGAUUCUCACAAAGCUGCAAAUGAUCUGGCACUCGAGAGCAUCGAAUCCUGUUCUGUCAAACUACAAGAAAUAUACCAGCAUUUUAAUCACUACUGUGAUGAGAACUAUACACCUCAGUUCCUCGAAGCGCAGUGGAUUGCGGAAAGGAACUACUACAGUAAUAGAGAUCAUGCGAAGGAAGAACAAAAGCUUGAGCUUGGGAGACUGUUGGUGUUGGAACAAGAUUUGAUAGAGGCCUGGGAAGAGAUACGGACACCCGAGGAGGCACUUGCGCGCCUGCGAUUCUUACAGGAAAUCCAAUCCAAGAUUGACCAGCAACGAGAGCGAGUUGGCGUGGAGGAAGUCUUGGCAGGUGUCACCGCGGAGACGCAGUCUCAGUUCCUCAAGGUGUGGUGGGCAAAAACCGAACUCAGACAAAAGUUCCUUGCUCUAGUUGAGGAAAAGAGGCCUCUUGAUGUGGUCCGAAAAGGUCUAGCUUCCAAGUUGGGGACAGACGGGAAAGAAAAAUUGGUGAUUGCAAUACGGAAGCGAACGGCAGCUUUGCAAACCGUGCUAAACACGUACAACCAACACGUAGAUGCAUUUCACCUUGCCUCGCCCCCAAUCCCAACGCUACCGCGCAUCGAGUAUGAUGAGCUAAUGAGAUUGGAAGCAGACAGCCCAUUCUGGAAUGAUGGUGUCUUCACUAACCACGAUGAGCCAUGGGCUGUUGAUGCCGACACUCAAGAUGGCAUGAGACUGCUCGCACGUCUAACCAGAGGUGAAGAAGAAGUCCAACGUAUAGGCCAAGAGAUCCGGAGAGCCACUCGUUGGGCAGUCACGGAACACAAGCGAAUUGUUCCUCUGAUGUUUGGACUCUCUUCGGAAACGGACUGGGUUUACAGUAGACUGCAGCCUGUUACGGACCAUCCGAUACUACAAUCAUUGUCAAGUGAAGACCAAAUCGACCCGAUUAAAGCCAUCCUCCACAACUAUUUCAUCGAGAUAUCCUCCCUCCAGCUGCACUGGAAUUCCAAGGUUGUGUUGCUGGUUUCGAGGUCAGGACCAUAUGAGAAUGACGCCGAACUAGUAAACGAUUGGAAUGAGCAAAUAAUGCGCCUCAAUUUUUUAAAAGCAAGUGGCUACUUAUCCAUGGUUCGAGGCGAUUUUGACAAUGCCAUCGGCAACUCCUUGGACAAUGUCAAUGAAACAGUACUCCGUAACUUCCUUUCCGAAAAUGAUGCCAGCGGGGAACCGAGCAACACCCAGGAUGGACGGACUCAUGGGGAUCUUGACGACGAUGACGAUGAUGACCUUCUAGCGCCAAUUGCUGAUCAGGUUGAGCUUGCGCUUGAGCAAGAGGCUUUGAACAAUGCAUUGGCCGAUGGUAAGAAAUUCCAAUGCAGCAUAUUUAACCAACAAUGGACCCACCGAGCUGAUGAUAUGUUACCACGUUGCAUCCAUCAAUUGUGUUGCAAAGAUGUUGCUGACGGAAGUUGGACAGGUCAGUUGCCUGGGCCAGCGGCAUGA